CAGCCUCCCUGCGUCCUGGGAGCUUGAUUUUCAUUCCAUUCUGAGGUUACGCUUUCCUUUUUUUUUUCACUCCUUCCAUUGACCUCCGAUCGGUGUAACGCUACUAUCUUCGACUUGACCUGCGUAUCCCUUCAAAUCGAUCGGCGCCGGCGCCCCAUUCUUCGACGACUAUCGUGAUGGCGUCGAACCUCCCCAUCCCUAUUCCUCCGCGCACUCCGACUCCCCCCGCAGAUGACAACCCUGCCAGCACGGUUGAGCCAUCUUCCACCCUCUACGACAAGGAUUCAUUGUCGCCUUUGAGGGAUACAUUCACUCCCACCAGGGGUGUUUUGGAGGUCAAUGAUAGCAAUCGGUUGAGCCCUACGCGGGCAGCCUUCAAUCUCAGUCCAGCAAGUGCGCGAUCACAGGCCGAUCAGAGCGACAAUGUCUCGUCCGGUCCCUUCAACUUUCAGACAACAACUAUGGCCAAAAGUCCCGUGGUCAAAUCUAACAUUGGACAACGGCGCGGACAUAAGUAUAAACACAGUAGUAUAUCGCAUCAGAUCUUCCUCGAGCCACCACCUCGCGCCCCUCUCGCGUUGCCAAACUCGCUACCCAUCCCCACGUUCAAGGAAUAUCGAUCAAGUAUGUCCAGGGACCAGACGACCCGUUUCUGGUGGAGCUUGUGCCACAUGUCCGUCGCAGCGUACACUCUGUGGAGCGCGCAUGGGUCGCUGGCCAUGACGGCUCUGUCGCAUCUGAUUUUGUUUGACUCCAUCGGUGCCCUUCUCUGCGUCGCGGUAGACAUCCUCGGCAAUUUCGAGGUGUGGAAGCGUUCCAGCGUGCGCCAUCCCUUCGGGCUCGAACGAGCCGAGGUGCUUGCCGGGUUCGCCAUGUGCGUGCUCCUGCUCUUCAUGGGCUUGGACUUGAUCUCGCACAACCUGCAGCAUUUCCUUGAGUCCGCGGGCCACGAGCCGCAUCACUCGCACGUGCACGAGCGCGUGUCCUUGGGCCGCGUGGACUUCACAGCCCUGCUGGCUAUCGUCUCCACGCUCGUCUCGGCGAUUGGGCUCAAAAACCACGGCCGCAUCGGCAAGGCGAUGCGCUUCGGGUACAUUGAAUCACUACCAUCGGUGCUCAGCAACCCCUCCCACUUCCUGACGCUCUCCUGCUCCUCCCUUCUGCUGUUGCUACCGCUUGUCUCCAUCAAGCUCUACAAGUGGCUUGACGUGCUCCUAUCGGGAACCAUCUCCAUCUCAAUGUGUGUCAUCGGCGUGCACCUGGUCAAGACCCUGGGGUCGAUGCUGCUCAUGUCUUAUUCGGGCCAGGGCGUCACGGAAGUGAUGCACGACAUCGAAGCCGAUCCCUGCGUGCGGGGUGUCGACGAUGCUCGCUUCUGGCAGGUGCACUACGGCUUGUGCAUGGCGAAUCUGAAACUUCGCGUCUCAGGCCCGGAGGAGAAUCUGGCGCGUCUGCGCGAGCGGAUAAUCAGCUUGAUCAAGAACAGGCUGGGCGGGGGUUAUGGAACGGGAGGGCAGAAGUGGGAGGUGUCGUUGCAGUUCGCGAUAGAGAAGGCGUGAUGUUUGUAGUACAUUUAGUGUAUAUUAUGGAUUGGACAUAGGAUGUCAUUUAAGUGAGGGUACGAGCAUGACAUCUAAGCGUGAACAUAACUAGGAUAGGCAUGAAUGCAGUUUCCUUGCGCUUCAAUGGCA